CGCUCACGGAAUAAGAGGAACAGUCUACGGAGAAGUAUUAAGGAAAAUGAAACACUAUUUCAUUGUAAGUUUCAUCCUCGGUGCACUUAUCUAUCAGAUAAGAUGUGACUCGAAUUUGAUCACACGAAAACAAUUUCGAGAAGUAAGGAAGCAAUGUGUCGAUGAAGUAGGAUUGGGUCGAGUAAUACAGAAUAAUUCUACGCGAAUAAAUAAUUCUGCGGAGGUUGUUCACACAAGAAAAUGCGUUCGGGCAUGCGUUGCGAAGAAAUUCGGCUUGAUCAACAGUGAAGGAAAAUUCGACAAAGAGAAAUUUCUAGAGAAAUUGAUUCCCAAAAAGGAUAUGCUAUUUUACGAGAAAGUUUCUGAAGCUAUAACUAUCUGUACUGAUCAACGUAAGUGGAAUGAUAUUUGUGAAACUCACUACCUCGUAAUGGAAUGCAUGAAAGGGUUCCGUCCAUUUCCUCGAAUGAGAAUGAACGAUAUCUAAAUAUCAUGAUGAUUUUACAACGAAGACAUCGAUUUCUAAAGAAACUGACCCUAGUAUUUCAAUGUAAUUGAUAAAAAGAGGGACAGUACAAUUUUAAUGAAAUUCAAGUGAAACUAAUAACUCAAAAUAGUGGUGGAUUUUUCCGUAUACUCUCAACUCUUCCAAUAGUUAAAAUUUAUUGUUUUAUUUCAUAAUAAAAAAGCACUAAUCAUAAAAUUUGUAAUUGUGAUUUAUUCAAUAAACGAAGAUACUGUCAUAGAAUAUAUUUUAUGGUCGAUUCCCCGAUGCAGACAUAUUAAUAGGCAUAUUAGUACAACAAAAAUCAUAAACGGACAUAUUAGAUCAUUUCAAGUUAUGUAUUGUCAUAAAAUUGCAUGCACAACUAAUGCGAAGCAUCAGAGAGUGCUUUACGAUCAAAAAAUUUUUUUCGCCUCAUUCCGGCAAAUAUUUACAUAUUCCUACCCUUGUCAGUUCAUGGAAUCAAAAUAUUUUGCAUACUAUUGAAAAGAUAUUUUAAUGGAGAUUAAUUCCAUGCCUGUCAAAAAUUUAUUUAGUGC